CUUUCACCAAAUUCACAAGCCAACCAACACGUAUUCCCCUGAUUCAUUAUUUUUCUUCUUUUACGAUUUUAUUGAUACCUCAAAUAGAUAUUUGCCGUAUACAGGAGCAUCAAAGGUAUCCCUCCCUGCGAUCUGCUACCAAUUCUACACAAAGCGUGUUCUGAGGAGGAAUAUUUGAUUUCUCCUCUUCUCAUUCUUGUCGGUCUCGAAUUGCUUUCUCGUUUGGGAGCAUGAGGAGGUCCAACUCCAACGGGUGUCUAAAAUGGUCAUACAGACUACUCAGAAGGGUGUUACCAACUCUACUCUACCCUUCACACAUAAAGCCAACUGACGCCUAGAAGCCAUUAAUAAUUAUUAUUCUUGUGAGUACGCAUCGGCAUGUCUGAAAUUAGAUUCAGCGCUUCACUGCUUUCAGAUCUUAUCGUUUCUUUGGACGUUUUACCCCGCGGGCUUUGUUUGUGUAUGAUCUACAGAGUAUUUCGUCGAUCUUCCCUUUGUUCCCGUCAGAAGCUCGUUUGGCACCUUGCUUUGGAUAGGUAGAUGUCCUGUACAUACAUGCACGGAAAAUGCUGCUAUCCCCCAUCCCAUCCUGCGCACAACCUCGCUUGGCCGAAGGAAGCUUUUCGAAAAACCGAAUAAAUAAUUAUGGACGUAGGAAGAGAAUUUUUCCAAUAUAUGUUGACGAGACCUUUGGCUUCUCCAGCGAGCGAUGUUAAUAAGCCACAAAGCUAAGUUACAUCUAAAAGGGGAAUAAAUACUCUUUAUGGUUUUGGAGGCUCAGCUCUUCCGAGUUGCUCCUCCGCCUGAUGGUGGCGAAUCAGGAUUACCAAAACGAGGUAUAUUUAUUUAAAUACAGUACGGAGUACAUACGCCCCGUUGUCGUCGCGCUAAGCAGCCCAUGGCCCCUUCGACCUUUUCAUAUUUGCAAGUUGCAUCCAAGAAGGACGUCGUUCGUUGUCUAAAUAAAUAACUAUCCAAAAUAUUGGCCACUACUAGUACGGGGAUGCGAAUGAGUGUCCAUUGUCCUCAUUCAUCCGCCGACUUUCAGCCCCACGCCAGGGCAAACGCAAAGCAAUGACAAGUAUUAAUAUACCCCCAUUCAGCAGCCCCAGUAAAUCCAGCUACGGUGAAUCGAUAAUAUCCAAUCUCAAGAAGAGAUCCACCUUGUACGCCCUCGUGGCCUUAUCGCUCCUCAAUGUAUUCCUCCUUACGAACACCCUCUAUAGGGGCCGAAACUCGGUACAAAAGGAUUCAACUAGACCAGCGCCGAUAUAUCCUAUUCGCCUACAUGGGGAUGCGAAUGCAAAUGCAACCGAGUUCGUAAAGCCUGAGAAUAUUGUCAUUAGCGGCUUUGUGUUCUAUGGUCGUCGGGAUCGCGUCGAGGCGAUGCACUGCUACGUGGAGCGCAACUUGGUUGACAACAAGGGUUGGCUGGACGAAGUGCUAUGGGUCGUCAAUACCGAAAAUGAGGAUGAUUUAAAGUAUCUUGAUGAAAUACUGGCUAGAUCUCGACGAUACAAAAAGCUAGACCUUGGGAGAAAGGUUCGCGGUCCGGAGUUCAGACAAAUCUGGAAGCAUCUUGAACGGGGAAAGAUAUAUGUUAAAAUAGAUGACGAUGUGGUCUGGUUAGCCGACGAUACCAUUCCUCGAAUAGUUGAUCGAAAAAUAAAUCAUCCCGAUGAUUUCGCCGUGUCAGCAAACAUAAUCAACAAUCCCCCCUUGAGCUUCAUCCAUUACCAUGCUGGCGCUCUCCACCCUUACUUCCCUGAAUUGCUCGAUGGCAAACCCUCCACAAAGCCCAGCGAUAAUAAAUCAUGGAAACCUUCCGAUCAUCCGGACUGGGAAGGCCCGGAGAAGUUUGAAUGGGCCCUCGACGCAGCGCCUCCGGCUAAGGGCCAUCGAUGGUUACGUGUUAAAGAUGACAAAGCCAUCGUUCGAACACCAGUCACCCACCUCAAAUAUGAGGUAUGGGGUGAUACCUAUACAAGCUGGGCCAUCGCUGCCCAGCAACAUUAUUCGUUUUUAGAAAAUUUGGAAAAAGAUCAGCUUGACUUGUACAAGUUUAACCUUCCGUGGAACAUGGAUAAUGAGCGAAUAAGGAUCAACGUCCUUGCUAUUUGGGCCGACGAUAUACUCGACAGCGAUAUAGAUACCUGGCCAAAGGAAAGAAGUGACGAAGAAAUGGUUGUUAUGGAGCUGCCUAAGAUGUAUAGUCGGCCCGUCACUAUUGUGGGAGAAGCUCUAGCUGCCCAUUUCAACUUCCAGCACCAACCCGGAGUGGCGGAAACCGAUCUCUUGGACCGAUAUCGCAUGCUUGCCAGAGAACGCGCGUGUCCUCAGAAGUCGAAGCCGGAGUCAUAGAUCUCCACAUCAACGAUUAGAAAUGCUGACAGAACUUUGGCCGCUCACUACCACACGCGCCCAGCUGACGCGAUGCACACCACAUCUUUCAGGUUUCCCCUUUACCCAUUCUAUGACAUGCCAUGGCGGCCCCCCCCCCGUUAUCCUCCCUCCUGGUUGAUAGCCAGGUUUGCCACAGACCCGACAUCCGUCGACAGGACCGAUGCAAAAAAGGAGAAGAGAGCGAAGUGGAAACUGGUUGAAGAAUUUGAGUUUCCAACUCCAUAUUAUUCUUUACUCUUUUUGCCGGAGCGAAUUCGUAUCCCGAAUUACCUGGUCCCAGGGAUAUUGGUGCAGUUCAAAUUUUUAUGAAUUUUUAAAAUCGCCUUUUAAUUGGAAAUAGAACAUUCGGGAUUCAAAAAGAACUCGUUUUAUAUCUACUCAUUGUAAUUUAUUUCUCUGUUUUUAACUUGGCCUUUUCCAACGAUUAUAUAACUUUAGUUAGUCAACAAAUAUAUAUAUUACACGUCUAAAAUCUCUACAAAGGCCAGGGAGUAUUUACAUGGUAAUGCCCCAUUUUAC